CGCUUCAUCCGCGCGCAAGGACUAACGAACGAUGUCGCUCGCCGCGGCUUCGAUACUACCUUUCCUGCUCAUUAUCGGAGCUUCCAUCGUCAGCAAAGAUUGCAGUCAAGUGGAGUGCAAAGGCCCCUUGAAAUACUACAACGAUCUGAGAUGCGAACCAGUUUACAAAAAUGCUAAUGAUUGUUGCCCCAUCAGCUACGAUUGUUCGCAUCUUCGAUCUCAUAAGAGUGACAAGUGCUACGCCAAUGGUCAUGAAUAUUCCAUCGGAGAGACACUGAGAGACGAAGACCGUAGCAGCGCUUGCGACAUUGCCUGCAUAUGCCGCAACGACUACAAAAAUAGAGCUUCGUUUUUGUGCGCCGCUGUGGACUGCUAUCGAAUGAGACCGGCUCCCGGCUGUUAUUGGAGACAAAAUCCCGACUCGUGCUGCGGAGGCGAAGAGGUUUGCCCCGAGCGGCCGGAGGAUCGGUAUCGAUGCGAGGUCGCCGGUAAAAUCUACCAGGACGGCGACGAGUUUCAGCCGGACGCCAACACGGUGUGCCAGUGCGCGAAAGGUUACGCGGGCGAGAACGUCGAGCCGUUUUGCCGAGCGAUCAAGUGCGGCGUCGAGCUGCAUCGGCUGAACGAGGUGCGCGACAAUUGCGCUCCUUACUUUUACAGCGGUCAAAAUCCCAGCACCAGCUGCGCCUUCGCUUACAGAUGUCCCAACGAUAACGACACGAUACUAGUGAAGCAGAAAGAGAACGGCUCGAACGACGCGGCGCAAGAUAAAGCCCAAGAGGAAGACAGCGACGUCACCUGCACUUUCGGCAAUUUAAAAAUGCGCAUCGGAGACGAGCUGAGCGAGUCCACGGAGCCCGGCUCGAAUUGCGUCAAAUGCACUUGCCAAGUGCCUCCGAUGCCGACUUGCGUGAGGCUCGAUCAGGCUACUACUUGCUGAUCGCCGAGCGAAAAUCAAAUUGUUUGUACUUUCGAGCUAAGGUUGAAUAAAUGUACACGCCACCAUUCGACAAUAAAGAAACAUCUCGCACCUAA